AUGUCUUCCUCGUACUCGACCUCGCAGACAUCAUCUCUGGGCAUCGGAUACGCGCUAGGCGUGAACAGCGCGUCGAGCUCGAAGUCUAGCGCGCCCUCUCCUCCGCCAGUGGACAAGCCACCAACGUCCGCUGACGGGGAAAGUGACGAUGAAGGGGAUGUAGCUGACGGUGAUCUGUCCGCCGUGAGACCGGGAUUUUCGGAGCCCUGCAAGCUGGUCCUGGUCGUACGGACUGACUUGGGCAUGUCAACAGGCAAGAUUGCUGCUCAACAUGCAACGCUCGCUUGCUACAAGGCACUUUAUAAAACAAAUCCUGGGCUCCUGCGACACUGGGAACGUACAGGCCAGGCCAAGAUUGCCCUGAAGGCAACCUCGGAGGAAGAUCUGCUGGAACUGGAAGCCGUGGCAAAGAGUCUGAACCUUUGCGCCCGUGCCAUCCAUGACGCCGGGCGGACUCAAAUAGCAGCGGGGUCGCGUACGGUGCUGGGCAUCGGGCCCGGACCAGUCGAGCUCGUCAACCGAGUGACGGGCAAACUGCGCCUGCUAUGA